GCAGAUAUAGUGAAUGCAGGGUCCGGGGAGACCAGAUAUAGUGAAUGCAGGGUCCGGGGAGACCAGAUAUAGUGAAUGCAGGGUCCGGGGAGACCAGAUAUAGUGAAUGCAGGGUCCGGGGAGACCAGAUAUAGUGAAUGCAGGGUCCUGGGAGACCAGAUAUAGUGAAUGCAGGGUCCGGGGAGACCAGAUAUAGUGAAUGCAGGGGUCCGGGGAGACCGGAUAUAGUGAAUGCAGGGUCCGGGAAGACCAGAUAUAGUGAAUGCAGGGUCCGGGGAGACCAGAUAUAAUGAAUGCAGGGUCCGGGGAGACCAGAUAUAGUGAAUGCAGGGUCCGGGGAGA